AAAAAAGCCCACUACUCAAUCUGCGUAGCUCAAACCCAAACUUGUCGUCCAGUUUUUCUUGUUCACGAAGUCGGUCGUCAUUCACCCAGCACCAGGACCGCCGAGCACCGGAAACGCGCUUAGAAACCCAGAGACCGCGAAGCCAUCGACCAACUCGAUCUCUGCUCACUAACUUACUGGAAGACGACCGAUGGAAUUCAUAACCGAACCUGGCAAACAGCCUCAUCCAGAUUGCUCCACCAUGAUUCUGCCGGCAUUGUCAAUUGGGAACGUAGGACAGUUAGCAGUGGAUCUACUGGUGUCGUCUACAGGAGCUGAGAGAAUUGGGUAUUUGGAUGAUCCCUACACCCUUCCUUGUGUUGGUAAUGAUGCUUAUGGCCCCAUUCCUUCCGGGGACCUAGCUCUCCCUCUCGAAGCUUAUCAAUCACCUGCCAAUGCAAUGACUCUUGUGCAGCAGCGAUCCCCGGUUAUUAAGGGGAUGAUGGUUGAAUACGCCAAGAACAUGGCUGAGUUUGCUGCUGCCAGUGGGAAGAAGCAUGUUGUUAUUCUUUCUAGCUUAGAAUUUGCAAGAUGGCAAAGGAUCGAUAUGUCAAGUGGGUUGCAGAUAUACUACCUCUCUAGCUCAAACACAGAUGGAACAGAUGAUUCUUGUGCACAACUCGGGUGGCGAAGGCUGCAGGAUUAUGAUCCUACACAGAGAUCUUGGAAUUACCUCAGCAGCUUGGCUCAAGGCAGCACCAUGCAGGAAAGCACCUUGCCUUUUGAAGAUGAACCAGAAGAAGAAGAUUAUUGCGCAAGUCUACCUUUCGCUGCUCUGUUUUCCUGUUUGAAGGCAAAAGGUUUGAAAGUCACAUGCAUAUUAUGUUAUUGUUCUGAGGGAGACAACAUGGCCGAUUCUUUCGAGUUAGCCGAGGCAGCAUCCAAGCUGCUGCAACUAAAACCUGAUAAUUUCAUAGGCGGGGAUGAUGGCAAGUGGCGCAUCCCGUUUUCGUGGAAGACUGUGUACGGACCACCUCCAGAUUUGUCCAUGUUUUAGUCGUGUCGUGUGGUGGUAGACAUGCAAUGCUUUCAUCAGGAAGGAAAAGCCAAGGAGAACAUAGAAGACUUUUUUAUGGAUGCGGCAUGGUUGGAUUGUUCUCACAAUCCCAUGUUUUUGGAUCCUGUCAAGAUGCGACGGUCGUGUGGAGUUUAUGAAGUAGAAUCUGUACUCUGUUCUUGUACUACUUCUGUCAAAGCGUAAUGUACCUCUUUCACGUCAAUGACUAGUUGUUCAACGGUCCAUACUUGUUCAUGUUGGAGACAGAAUGAACGCAAAAGACCAAGGACCAAAUUUCACCUUUGGGCUUUGGGCGUGAGUUAAUUCUUGAUCAAUACAAUCUAGUCCCCCCAACUUCGAACUACACA